UAAAACAGACACUGAACUCCAACCAGCUCAGUAGCGGACAGCUGUGCAGAACAAAGCACGUCUCCUGUGUGAGGCACUGCAGCGGGCUGAUAAACAGAACAGCAGGUUUUAAUAGAAGUUCCUGGAAAAUCAGCUUCAGAGUAAAAAAAAAAGCAGAGAUGGCGACAAUGUUCAGAUACCCCGUCUUUCCUCAUCUGCAGGAUCCCUGUGACCCUGGUCUGUCGCUGUCAGCAGGGAGGAGUGUCAUGGCGGAGCCCGACUAUCUAGAUGGAGACUGUGACGAGCUCAUAAAACCCAAGAAGCUGAUCAACCCGGUCAAAAACUCCCGGAAUCACCAGGACCUGCACCGAGAGCUGCUCAUGAACCAGAAGAGGGGUCUGGCUCCUCAGAACAAACCUGAGCUUCAGAAAGUUCUGGAGAAGAGAAAGAGGGAGCAAAUUCUCAAAGCUCAGAGGGAGGAACAGGAGGCCCACAAAAAGAGGAGCGACCUGGAGAUCGAGCUAAUGAAAAGACAACAGAAACUAGAACAGCUUGAGCUGGAGCAGCAGAAAAUUGAGGAGGAACAAGAAAACACCCCCGAGUUUGUGAAGAUGAAGAGUAACCUGCGCAGAACCAAGCAGGAGACUGACGGGGAGGAACGAACCACCUAAAAUCCAGCAGGGGUGUCUGGGUCUGGCUGAUUGUGCGCGUGUUUGUGAGCACAGAGACAUCACAGGUGUGUGUACAAAAGAGAGCGAGAGUGUGUGGUGGUGACCUGACCGUGGUGCGAGAUGAACUUCCUGGCUUUCCAAUCCUAGCUGUUCCUCCCCACAGUGAGGAGAGAGACUUUACAGACUAAAGACCCUCCCCCCCUCUGUCUGUCUGUCCGCCUGCCUGCCUGCCACGGACCACCAGUGCUCACCUCUGCUUCUUACACAACAUCCAGCAGCACACAGCACCCCCCGCAGGAGGGACCCUAACACAGACAUGCUACAUGCCUUUCAAGAGGGCGAGCAAGCUUCCAAUGAGCUCUGAUGGAGACUAAACCAAACACACACAGGAGUUUUUGUCCCCUCUGUUUUCACUCCUCUCUCCACAGAAAGCUGUUGUUUCUCUUUAUUGUUAUCGAUGUUGUUAUUGUUGUCGUUUAUUUUUUGUCUCAUCUUCAGAAUCAAAUAAGGAAAAGUGGACACUGGAUGGACUCUUGAAGCUGUGUAAUGUAAAAGCCAAACAAAUGUGCUUUUUGUUAUUUAUGUUUGUAGCUUUUAGCCCAGCGAUAGGGGAGAACACUUUUAGAUGUUCUGUAUUUUAGUUUGUUUCACAGCAUAGUUUAUGAAGCCAGAACAGGACAAAGGGAGUGUGCGACCGUAUGAAACACUCAAAUUUGCUUUAUUUUAUGAUUUUUUUUUAUUUUUUAACAUGCCAUUUCCUCAGCUAAUGAAAUGUUGGGCAAUAUUGGAACUCCAAGGCAUGAGAGUGACCUGUUUCUUUAUAUAUUCUGUUGUUUUGUAUAUAUAAAAGUGUUACUUAAUAAAUAAUUUAAGAUUU